ACAAAAACAAACCCACGUUUGCAUAAGCACGCUUUAAUAAUAGAGUUUAUGAUAAAUAUCGGCUCGAAAUGAGCGAUGACGACGAGCCUCAGCUUUCGGCGGCCACUUUUGCAGCCCUGCAAGAAUUCUACAACGAAGAAAAAGAGCGACAGGAUAAAGUGGCCAAGAUUUUGGAGUCGGUCAAUGACAACAAGCAGGACAUCCCGCAGUUUCAAGAAGACUGGCAACUAAGCCAAUUCUGGUACGACGACGAGACUGCGGACAGACUGGCCAAGGAGGUCCUGAAAGCUGCCGGUCCAGAGGGAAAAAUAGCUCUAGUGUCCUGUCCCACUCUUUACACAAGAUUGAAAAAAUCCAACGCAAAUGUUACUCUUUUUGAGUACGACGAGAGGUUUGCAGCUUAUGAAACGGACUUCUGCUUUUAUGACUAUCGGAAUCCCUUGAAAGUCCCGUCCGAGAUGACGAGUUCGUUUGACAUUGUCGUGGCCGACCCACCCUUCCUCUCAGAAGAAUGUCUGACCAAGACGGCCGUUACUAUUCGUUAUCUGGCCAAAGACAAGAUUCUUCUCUGCACAGGAGCGGUAAUGUCCGACCUGGCCCAGCGUUUGCUCCAAGUGAGACAGUUGGACUUUCUGCCUGGCCACAGAAACAAUUUAGGAAAUGAAUUCCGGUGUUUUGCCAAUUUCGAGUGCGGAUUGUGAUGAAAAAAUAAUAAAUUUUUUAACUGACG